AUGUCGAGCAACUCCCCGAACAUCGGAUGGUUCAGGUACGAAAUCUCUGCUUCGAUUAUCCAGUUUCAGCUAGAGCCUAGCCGCCGCCGCCGCCGCAACCGACGUUGCUAUGCCUCUUCUCUUCGCAGACUGCUGCUGAAUGAUACCAGUCGCCAGUCAAUGGAUGAGGGAGAAUCGAGGGAUCUGGAGGUUCGUCGUUAG